AUGGAUCAAUUAGCCAUCGAUAUUCAUAGUAACAAGCUGCUGGGUAAGGAUAAUAUAAUUUUAAUGGUGAAAAUAACGUUUAGAUUGGCUAAUUAGUCGACGACAUUGUCAGAACGACUGGAUAAAGAAGAGUGCGGACAUUCGAGAGAAAAUUAAACGAGCCAUUCUGGAUAUGCCAGAGAACGAGAGGAUUUUGGAGCUGCUGAGAGGUGGAAGUAAGUAAUUCUUUUUUAUUGUUGGAUUUUAGGUAUAACGGGAAUUUGAAAACGGUUUACAAGGGCUGAAUUGACCUUUUAUGAGCCAUUUUUAUCAAGAUAUUCCAUGUGUUUGCAUGAAAUUUUUAUAAUUUUAGGCAUUAACUUCUUCCAUUGUAAGGAGAUUGUGGAGAUCCUCAAAGAGACGGAGAAGGACUCCAAGAAUGUCUUCGGCUUCUACUCAUCUCAACGAAUGAAAGAUUGGCAAGAGAUUGUUGACCUCUAUAAAAAGAAUAAUGUUUUUCUCGCGGAGUCUGCUCAAAUUCUCCAGCGUCUAGUCCAAUUUGAGAUCCCAGCAUUGCGACGAGGAAACCAGAGGGCAGAGAAUCAAAUAAAAGAAGCCCAGAAACGCGAGGUUGAUGCGGUAAAACAAGCUGAAGAUGCUCGGAAUUCGUAUCAACGAGAAUUGAAGAGAUUCGGGAUAAAAGGAGAGAAAAUCAAGAAGGAACUGCUCGAUUUGGCCAAGGAUUUGCCCACGAAAUUCAAUGAGUUGGCCAAAGAGGCCAGCCAAUUUUUGCCUGCCGCUGAAUUCUUUGAAAAUGUACAGAAAUACAAUGAAGUUGGUGAUAUUCAAAAACUCGAAUUAUUGAAAAGAUUGGGAGAAAAAGGAGUUGAUUUUACGGUUUAUGAAUGGAAAAAUGGAAAAGAGCCAAAGGAAAUCAAAAGGAUUGACUUCCAUGAGGAUGAAAAGGCAAGUAUAAUAUAUUUUUUUUUUAAUUUAGGUUGAAGCUUGGUGAACAUGGCUUAAAAAGAUUGUAAGCUCAAGGCGGAUGUAAUUUUUGAAAUUUUCAGGAGGUCCAAGACGACGAAAUUGACUUUGGAGAUGAUAUUGACUUUGGUGAUGGUGCAGGCAUUGAUUUCGGUGAUGACAUCAACAUUGAAGUGGUUGGAGAUGAAUCGGGUGGGUCUCUUGGGCUUUUUGAUGUCUUUUAAAAUGUACUUUAAUUAGAAGAGACACUUUAGUGACGGCUUAUAUUAUUUUAGGUAUUCAAGAAGGUGCCGCAGAAGUUGUAGACGAUGGAAUCGCCCGAUUUGAGAAUGCAUUUUCAAUUUUUGAGCAUCAAGAGACAUUUCAGACCUUACAGGCUGAAGUUGAACAGGUAUGGCCAUAAUUUAGGUACUCUCACAGCGUUUUUCGAAUCGGAUGCGUAAAAGUAUUAUAAGUGAUGUAUUUUUUACUGUAUUGAUUUAAAAAUGAAGUUAUCUGUUUUUCAGCUCCUGGUCUUUCUCCAAUUCCGAAUUCAAGACGAGUUAGCAUCAGAUCCAGCACAGGUUUACAUAUCAAGUUUAAUGUCUAAACCAAAAGAAAUUGAGUCAGUGACCUUAGAACAGCUACAGAAGUGGAAGAAGUCAUUGGAAGAGUUCCAAAAGAAGCUAACAGACCCCUUGACAAGGCAUUUAGCCAAGAUUCGGUCUUCUCCAGGGUAAAUUUUAUUUUUUUUGCGUCGGAUUUGUCAUGGUUAACAUAAUGUUUUCAUGUUUUGUCUCGAUUUAUUUCAGUUAUGUGGAAGAUUUAGUCAAUCAAUUGGAUCAGAAGAAGAAGCACGAAGGAAAGUACAAACAGAUUGAGCGGCUAUCAAAGGAGAAACAAGCAGAAUUGGUGGAACAGAUUUCUCGGGACUCGGAAACGAUGGAAAGUCUGUGUGAGUCAGCUAGAGAACUCCAAUCUCAGAUAGAAGACGCCAUUUCCGAACUCUACAAAGGAAGGGAAGUUAAUAUUGUGGGAGAGAUUUCGGCCGUUUUAUAUGAUUAG